AGGAUGUCACCUAGUUACCAUACAAAAUUAUAUGCAAGAUACAUUCUCGACGACUCGACCAAAAAGUGAACAUCACUACCACGAUCACCAGCGCUCGCGACUACCAUCAACGACGACGACGACGACGACGACGACGAUGCGGCGUGACCUGGGUCGGGUGACUCACAGAUCGGGUAGUUGUCUAUUUAAUGGUGGUUUUGCGAGCAAGAUCUUCAAACUUCAACUUCUUCAACUACCGUACACAUCUUCAAACUCUCUGGCUCUCUGCAUCUCUCUGGCUCUCUGGUAUCUCUUUAAUCCUCCUUGCAAUGCACCGACUAAUUGAUUUGCAGAUGCUUUUGCAUAGUCGGCCAACCUUUGCAUCCUCCGCAUCAACCGCCCUCUGCAAAAACCGCCGCCCUCUACAUCAACGGACCUCUGCAUUGCAACUUACCCUAGUAGUUCCAACACUGCAGUUGAGAUCAAUUGAAGUUCAUCUUCCGUGCCUUCCAACUGCAUCAGCCCGUGUGUGUUGGUGCGUGAAGCCACCUGUGUUUCUGAGCCAAUCAGAAACCCCUGUUGCCUGGGCAGGGGGGAAUAAACCGUUGUUGGUGCAAUCAAUAACCUUAGCUCACAGAUAACCGUACCGCUACCGUUCACCACAACCGCUGCCCAACCGUAACUACCCGGCCCCGAUGCCCUGCUAAUUACGUAAAUCACCUCCACGGAGACGGAUACUGCAUGUCUAUUUGUUCCUGGUCUGUUGGUCAGAAAGCGAGUUGCAGGAUCGAUUUUCGAGGUUUAGGUUUGGUUCUGGGGAAGUGGG